GAACCCUGGGCGCCUGACGGGGAGGUGUAAGGCGCAUGCGCAGAGUGUGAUGUCAGACCAAGAUGGCGGCGACCAGACCAGUGUGGGCCCAACUCUGUGCGCAGAUCUCCUAGGGCCCCCGAAAACCGCCAGAGCCCAGAUCCUUCCGAACCAGGUGUCUUCUCCCCCCUGCUGCGCGGCCGCUCUCUGGACGAUGGAGGCGCUCUCUGCUGGUGCGGGCAGCAACGUUCCGGCCUUCCUGGCCAAGCUAUGGACUCUGGUGGAGGACCCGGAGACGGACCCUCUCAUCUGCUGGAGUCCGGAAGGAAACAGCUUUCACGUCUUUGACCAGGGAUGUUUCGCCAAAGACGUUCUUCCUAAAUACUUCAAGCACAACAACAUGGCGAGCUUCGUGAGGCAGCUCAAUAUGUACGGCUUCAGGAAGGUGGUCCACAUCGAGCAGGGGGGUCUGGUGAAGCCAGAGAAGGACGACACAGAAUUCCAGCAUCCGUACUUCAUCCGCGGUCAAGAGCAUUUACUGGAGAACAUCAAGAGGAAGGUUAACAAUCUGUCAGGAACCAAAACGGUGGAGGUGAAGGUUCAUCAGGACAAUGUCAGUAAGCUGCUGACGGACGUGCAAGUCAUGAAGGGGAAGCAAGAAAGCAUUGACUGCCGCCUGCUGGCCAUGAAGCAUGAGAAUGAAGCUCUCUGGAGGGAGGUGGCCAGUCUGCGCCAGAAGCAUGCCCAACAGCAGAAGGUGGUCAACAAGCUCAUCCAGUUCCUCAUUUCUCUGGUCCAGUCCAACCGGAUUCUGGGGGUGAAACGUAAAAUACCUCUCAUGCUGAAUGACAGUAGUCCAACCCAUUCCCUACCAAAGUACAGUCGCCCGUAUUCUCUGGAGCCGGUGCACGGAGCCGCUGCUUACCCUGCUUCCUUCUCGGGGUACACGACCACUGGACGCUACUCCCCUGAUUCACCUGAUGGCCCCAUAAUCUCUGAUGUGACUGAGGUUUCUGGCUCCAGCCCCCCCGGGUCCCCAAACCCCAGCUUGGCAGAGAGAUGCAGUCCAGUCAUCCUGAUCAAAGACGAGCCCCUCACUCCUGACAGCCAGGUGACCUCUGAACCCAGCCCCCGCCCUAGUGAGGAUCGCGAGAACUCCUUAUCUCCGACCACCUUCAUUGACUCCAUCCUGCAGGAGAAUGAUCCCAGCGAAGGACGCUCGGCCCCCGGGGAGCAGGAGCCCUGCCUCAGUGUGGCGUGCCUGGACAGCGUUUCUAGCAGUCGUCCGAUGUCGGAGGGGUCCCGACUCUGCUCCUCUUCCUCCCUGCAGAGCAGAACAGAGCUCGGGGGCGAACUCAAUGACCACGUGGAUGUCAUCGACACCAAUCUGGACAGUCUGCAGAGCAUGUUCAGCAUGGACUCCAGCACCUUCCUGGAUCUCUUCAGUCCUUCCUUGCCGUUCUCGGACCUGGACUCCAGCCUGGCCAGUAUCCAGGAACUGUUAUCCUCCCAGGAUCAGAAGUCUUCGGAGGCGGAGGGCGGCGGUGCAGGGAAGCAGCUGGUCCAGUACACGCCGCAGCCUCUGAUACUGAUGAACUCGCCCAGCUCCGACCUCCCCAUCGUCUUGGAGCUGGCCCAGGACGGGCCGGGCGAUCACCCUGAGGACCCUUCGCUGGCUCUGCUGACUUGGGACUGUCCGAACACGUCGGGAGAGUCUGGGAUCUCUUAGAGGAGUCGCGUGGACCAGUGGCAUCACUCAUGAGAGGCGCCCACCUCCUGUGAGGCUCUGGAGGUUCUAUCCUAAUCACACGUAACCUCCGGAUGUCUCCAGUGAGACCGCUGACUUCUGGGGGGACUGGUGGCCCAGGGGAUGCUUGUCUGCUAUGCGGGGGUGUUUGGGGUGACCCUUCCUCCCCGUUGUGGUGACUCUGCUCAGCGCCUCGUCUUCUGUUAGAUUUACCUCCCCGCCAUCUUUUCCAUUAGACUGCGGCCUCCAGACGGAGGUCCGUAGAUGGAUCGCACUUCUUAUACUUGCUUCAUCUGACUUAAUGUGUGAUGUCAUUGCUCUGGGAUUGGUCUUCUCUGUUGUCACCAGCCUGUGUGAUCCCCGGGGGCGUCCCCCAACGAGUCAGGAGUGAGUAGGUUCAGGGAGGGGUGGUUAUAUGGGAUGCCCAUACAGCCUUCAGCUGGCAGUGCCCGGUGUGUCGUCAUUAUAGAGAGGGUCACAGGAAGUGUUGCUGGGGGUCAUUGGAUCAUGUUUUGCAAAGGUCUGGGGGCCAACACUACAUGGGGGCCUGCUCUGGGGCCACACUCCUUUGGUUUGUGGUCAUAUUUGCCCUACAGGGGGCAGUGAGGGGUCAGGAAGUUUUUGCACUUUGGUCAUGUGGGGGUCCCACAUGGUGGCUAGUCAGGGGUUUCCCAGCGCAGGUAGAAGGGGCAGCAAUGAGAAGUGUAUCGGACGCUUGGUUCUAGUGCAUUGUGUUCUGGAUUUUUCAGCAGAUUCCUUCUGUAUAAUCUUCUGUUAUAAAUAUAUUCAGCUGUGUAUUAAUUAA